AUGACUUCCCAAACGGCAACUGCGACUGCCCACGAGGCUCCUUCCGUGUUGGGACUGACCUCGUCAUUUCCUUCAGCUCUUCCGCCCGACAUCUUGUCCAAAUUCCCCAAGCUCUCGUCGUCCCAAGCCGGCCACCUCCGCCACUUCCACAACCUCGCAGCGCAGCCCGAUGGCGAAUGGCGACACAUGGGCAGCCAGGACCCCGGCCAAGAAUGGCUGGACUCGUAUCGCUACCAGCUGGCCACCAUGGCCUACGCGGCGGGCGCCGCGCACUACCACCGGAUGCCGGCGCUGCGUUCCGUCUUUAAGACGCUGAUGGAGCAGCUGAUCCACAAGAUGCUACGGCGCGAGGUCUGGGGCUACUGGUAUCUGACGAGCCAGAGCGGCAAGUUCGUCGAUCCGGACAUCAAAGAGCUGAGGAAGCCGUGGCCGGACCCGGUGACGCGCGAGAACAUCAUGUAUUCCGGCCACCUCCUCCUCAUGGUCUCGCUGCACGCCAUGCUCUUUGAUGACGACAAGUACGACGCUCCUGGCGCCCUGACGUUCCACUGGAAUCCCAUCUUCUGGGGCAUGGGCCCGGAAUCCUUCCCCUACAGCCGCUCCACCCUGCAAGACGCCAUUCUCGCCGAGAUGGAGCGCACGAGCUGGAUGGGCGUAUGCUGCGAGCCCAACUCCGUCUUCAUCGUCUGCAACCAGUUCCCGCUGAUCGCCAUGCGCUACAACGACGUGCGUACCGGCAGCAACAUCGUCGGCCCCGUUCUCGAAAAGUACAUGGCCGCGUGGGCGUCGCGCAACGGUUUCGCCCAGGGCGAGGAGGCCGACGGCGGACUAAUGGUCAAUUGGUGGUCCCCAAAGCAGGACCGCUUCGUCCGCCUUCCAGCCUUCGGCAUGACCGCUUGGGCUUGUGCCUUCAUGAACGCCUGGAACUCGCGCUACGUGCACACUAUGUCGCCUGUCUCCGCCCGCGGCUUCCUCUCCCCAACACCUGACGGACGCAUCAACGUCAAUUCUGUUCCACUUGCGAGCGAGAUCCGCAGGCUCGUCAAAGAAGAAGGAGCGGACCCCGACUCGGCCGAGACCCUCCAGGCGGCGAGAGCGGGGGUGGCGGCCGCGGCCGAGAAGAAGGAGAGCGGAAAGGAGAUGCCCGCUCCUCCAUCGGCACCCGAGUUCGGCUACGCCGCCAAGUGGGCAUCGGAAGUUGCGGGGCCGCAAACGCUGAAUGGUCUGCUGAAGCACGCCGAUGCUUUCAUGCGCCCGUCGUGGGAGAAUGGCGGACUGUACUACCCGCGCAGGGAUGGCACACCUACGGAUAACGAAGGGAACUGGGUCUUUACCGACCCAUUCACUGGGAAUGCGGCAAUUGGGUACGCGCGGCUGAAUGUGCCCGAUGGCCAGAGAAAGAUGUGGGAGGAGCCAUGGGGAAAAGAACGGUUCGAGCGGGAGCCGUGGGUCGAAGGUGUGGGCCUAGGGAGCGGCGUGGAUUUCUUGAGGGGCGCGUGGGAUGAGGGCCUGGGCGCAUUUGUUGUGACGAUGAGAUCGUGGGACGGAAGUGAAAAGAAAAUCGAUUUGAAUGUCAGGAACCUGCCGGCAGGCUCGUACGGCAUCUACCAGGGUGGGGAGCUGCUGCAGGUAAGGUCUGUCCAAUCCGGUGAUGCGGUUGACCUAGGUUUCCAGGUAGGCGGAGAUGAGCUCGAUGUGGUUUUGCUCAGGGUCAAGGGUACCAAGUCCUCGCUGUAA